AUGGCCAGCAACGCCAUGGCCAGCAAGAGGGCACGAAUCGAUGAGGACAGGACCCCGGUGAGCGGUGAGAUCGACUAUCGCGUCGUUUUCUCCGCCGCGCAGGUCCCCGCCGGCCGCGCGGGCUUCGGCAUCGGCGAGGAGGACGUCGCGAUCGAGUUCGGCGGCUCGUUCAAUCGCGUCGCGCAUCCCAGCGACGGCGAGAUAGACCUCGCGUGGCAGGCGAAGCUCCGCGAGAGCCCAAAGAUGUGGGACGCCCUCAAGUUUCGCCUCGCGUCCCUCGAGGUGCGCAAGACCGCGGACGAACCCGCGGUGACGAUCAGGGUGGGCGUGACGAGCUACAAGGAUUACGUCGGCACCAACGCCGACGGCGUGCCCGCCGCGCGCCUCGCCGCGCUCAGAGCCGACGGGCGAUCCAACCACGACGAUGCGCACGCGCACGAGAGCCGCGCGCUCGGCGUGGAGACCGUGCUCGAAACCUCCGACGGCAAGUUCGUCCUCCUCCGAAGAAGCGAAGGGGUCGCGACGUUCCGCGGCGUCUUCAACGGACCCAGCGGCCACCCCGAGCCCGCGGACGUUGGGGUGAAAAACGACCUCACCAACCUGGACGGGAUCGAACCCGCGACCGUGCGACGGGAGAUGUUCGACGCCGUGGUGAAGGAGUGCGUCGAGGAGACGGGGAUACCCGCGGCGGCGCUGUCGAGGCCGAGGUUGAUCGGCGCGAUGACGGACUCGUUCGGCAAGCCGGACCUGCUGUUCCACACGCGCACGUCGCUCACCGCGGAGCAGGUGGGGACGUGUCUGACGAACGCGAGCGAGGCGUGGGAGUCAAGCGCGGCGGACGUCGUGGACGCGACCCCGCCCGAGGACGUCGAGUCCAGGGCGGGCGCGGAUGUCGGCAAGGGACCGGCGGGCGAGGAGGAACAGUUUCGCUGCCUCCGCCCCGGCGAACCCGCGCCUUUCGCGCACGGCGCCAGCAUCCUGCGGAACCCACCGACGAGGAACGAUCGAGCGUCGGGCGCGAGCGCGAUGACGCGGGCGUUCUGGGCGAGGGAUCCGCGGUUCAUCUCCCCGGUGACGCGAGCUGCGGUGGAUUGCUUGUACAUGCUCGAGUCGCUGCGAGAAAAAAGUGGCACAGCUGGCGGAGCGCGGGAAGAGCGCGUGAUGGAUAACGCGCUCGACGCGGCGAUGGACCACGAGCUCUUCGACGUGGCGAGGGCGAUAGAGAGGCGGAUGCUGAUGAGCGCGGGAUUCGCGUGA